CCUAGAGUACCACCCAUUACGACUGCAUGUACACUAAAUCAGAUUCGCACUUUAGAAAUCUUCGGGUACUAGCGACUUCUUCAUUAGCCGCCUCGUUUUCAUCAUCCCAUUCUUAAGCUACCCAUGAUUUCAGCUUCUAAAAUAAGUCCUCCACAACUAACACGACCUUGCCCACACAAAAAGUACAAUCUAUCACCACGCGGCCCGGCAAUGACGACAUGCCGAUGUUGACGCAGCUCCGGUUAUAGUCAGUUAUCCCAGUAGAAAAGCUAAUAUCGUAGUACCUAGAAGUGGUGUCUCCUUACAACCACCCCCCUCUUUUAGACAGAUUUCUUGAGCUGGUAAUUUAGAUCCGACGCCGCCUGAGCUGGAAGUGCUGUAGCUUCCUGUACUUCAUCUCGUUUCAACACCGCGGGAAGCCCUGAGCAACUACAUGCAGCACCAACGAACAACCAACGUCGAACACGUAAAAUGGAGGAGCCGCUCGAAACGUCAGCACAGUUGGACGAAACGGACCUAUACUUCUCGUAGUACCGUUGGUUCUUUUAAGCUCCUGCUGUCCUCGUUGUGCUUUCGGGACAAAUUAUUUUGCAGUAGUACUUCUUCUCGGGAGUUCGAGUUCGUUGCAGUUGGGCAGCAGGAAGCAAGGAGGAGCACUAGGAACAGGACAACUCCGAGGCGUGAAGGUACCGCAGAUCUUUGCGAGGCGGUUUUAAGUAGGUGCUGAUCGAACUUACGGAUCUCCCCAGCGGAACACAGCACCACUACUUACAUCUCAGCAUAGGAGGAACAUCCUCGAUUCCGGGACCGACAUCGCAAGCAGAUUGGUAGGCGGGGGGAGGAACACUACAGUACUUACUAUCCGCCACGACCUUGUCCGAAGAUGUUGUUCAACAGCAAAAACGAUCGUCGGAUGAACGACGAGUGGGGCUUCCGUGUAUGCACUGCAAAUAUGUCUUGGUCUGGAUUUGUCAUGCGAGAAUAGAAGGGCAACAAAAUCUGUAAUGCAUGAAUGCGAUCAUUGGCCACUUGAAUCGCCAUUGCUAUAUCGUGCUGGAAGGCGGUCUCCUGUCAUGCGAAAUACGGCAGAUUCGGAUUCCGCAAGAAGGACCUAACAUGCAAGACUCAGCAUGGCAAAUUGUGUGCUUUGAUCCAGAUUUAGACACAUUUGCAUUUGAUACCGCAAGCACUUCGACCACCGCGACCAACAAAUGAAAGCGCACGAACUCAACGCGGGCAUGUUCUCUGCGGACGGACACCACAACCCGGUGAUCCAGCGCUCGGGGACCGGGCGCAACGCGGAGCUCCGCGGGCAGUACCAGGUACAGGCCAACGCGAUGCAGGCCCGGCUGAUGGACAAACUGGCGGACAGACGGGCCGAGAUGCACCGGAUACCGUAUGGAGUUCUCAAAUGUUACAUUCUCAACUGUUACAUGAAUUUGUAUAUGCAAGACUGGCAAAAGUGAAAGGAGGAAGAUUGCGCCCUUUGCAUUACAAGUUUGGCGCAGAUUUAGAUGCUGUCUAGCCCACCUUCCGCAAUUUGUCUUGCGAAGCAGCUCGAUCAUCUGCCGGCUUAAGGAACUUUUGCAUGACAAAUUCAUGUAACAGUUGAGAAGGUAACGUUUGAGAACGCCAUAUACCGCAGGUAAACCCUUCCGCCGUCGAAAAGAUGCGGGUGCUGCACACCCUCGGGAUCUAUCACUACAUGAACAGCUUCGGGUUGUGCUGCUGCUUGUGCUACUUUUCGCCCUUCACCUGCAUGAUGGGCAUGCUGGUCCGGCAGAUCAACCAGUAUGAGGAUUUUGACGUGAUCAAGCACCGGGUCCGGUCCGCGCUGCUCUUUUCGAAGAUCGUGCUUGUUGUGUGCGUAUCCCGUGCAAAAGUAUCGUACUCGUAGUAUUUGCAAUCAUGCAUUACAAACCUUUUUCUUAAGGUAAAUCCGCAUUACAAAUUUUAUUUCUCAUGCUGAGGAAGUUUGUCAUGCACAUGCUCAUGCAUUUACACGAGUGCGAUACUUUUGCAGUUCAUAGUGCGUGUUCGGCAUGCUGCCCACGGGGGUCUUUGUUUGUCUCGCCGCCAUCGGCCUGUGGACGGACCGGGGCAACUUCGCGACGAACGUCACCCUGUGGUGGUGGGACGGCCCGAUGAAGGGCGCCGGCUUUUCGAGCGAAAACUCCUGGUUUGUCGCUUUCGCGCUUUUUUCGUUUCUCUCGUUCCUGGUGGCGAUCUACGCCGUAUACGUUGCUGCGGGCAUACACACGAACCUAAAAUGGCUGUCCGAAAACAUAGACCUGCUCCAGGCCGCGGAGGAGAUGGCGCCUUGGUUCAUAUCAAAUGCAAAAAUGUCUGGGUCUGGAAGAACGCAACUUGUCAUGCUAAAUCUGGAAUCCAAAAAAGUCUGUAUUGCAUGAGCAGCAAAGGGAGUGUAAUCUUUCCUACGCGGAGAGGGCAUUUGUCAUGCGGAAUAGGCACCAAGAAGCCUUCAAAAAAUCUGUGAUGCUAGGGCAUGCAUCACAGACAUCAGGGCUCAGGCACGACGUGCAUGACAAAUCUCAGAAUCAUCCAGACCCAGACAUUUUUGCAAUCCAUAGUUCAUGGGCGACGACUACUGGGGCGACGACCCCACGGGGAUCUACGCUUAUGACCCCUGGACGGGGCCCCCGAGAGACUCGAAGGACGAUCCCUGGGCGGCGCACCACGUACGCAUUGCAAAUAUCGAUGUCUGGGUGGAGUCUGGAAUAAACUUGUUUUCUUGCUAGUGUGUGAGGACACCUGCAUAAUUUUUAUACAGACUGGCUGCUUGUUGUACGGCAUAACAACAGCAUGCGAAGUUGUUUUCCUCAGCUGCUUGCGGAUUCAUUUUCAUUGUCGUUCGCAUGUAGCAUUACAAACUCAGUAUCAUAGCACAAAACUGACCAAUCGUAUUUAUGGUUAUGCAUCACAAAUCCUUGUUGUCCUCGAAGUUCCGCAUCACAAAUCCGCACUCAGACAACAUAUUUGCAAUGCAUACCACGAGCUGGAUGAUCACGAUGACCACGAGUGGGGUGUCGACGUCACAGCGGAUAUAAACGCGGCCGUUCGACAGGCGCAAGAGGAGCACAACUUUCGUGGCGACGAAAAAUUGGAAAUAAAGAUGCGCGUUAGGGAAGACUGGAUAGAAGCGAAAGGAGGUAAGGAUUUAACACCGACUUGGUUGGACGACUGCUUACUGUUUACUUUAGUUAGUUAAACUACUUUUUAUCGUCAGCGCCAGCAACGUCCUCUAAAAGAGUAAAAGUGGACUAACAUUAUUUCAACCAAAACACUCGUCGGAGGUCCGAGUUAUCGAGCGUCUAGCGCAGACCUUUUGCUGCGGUAGGGUUCAAAGUGGACUCCUCACCGCCUUCGCUGAUUUCGGUUUUUCGUGAGGAACGCGAGACAAAAGCAGCAUUUUAACAGCACGCGUUGAGCAUGUUCAGUGUAAGUGCAAAAACUACGAACAAUUUUGUUAUCGCAGGCGCCUCCUAUGUGGAUAAUUUUCGUGACGAAGCGAAAGGUCAGCUGGCCGCCGGUGGCGGUUUUAGCGGCACCGGUGGUAAAUUUGAGGGUAUCAUGGAGAAGGGCCGGGGCAAAAACGCCGCGAUGCAGGAAAAAGGCCAGUUUGCGAGGGGUAAGAACUACGCGGGACAGGAGAAGUAUGGGAGUGUCAGAAUUGAAAUCGACAAAGUUGAAAUAACUUGUAAUGCAUAAAAUCGAUACCAGUUGGAAGCCCAAUUUCUAAGCGGUGCAUGAGAAAUUUCGGCACCGUCUAAAUCCAGUUUGUCAUGCUGUUUCGGGACAAAAGGCGUCUCUUGUCAUGCUACUUUAGCAGCUCUAUCACAGACCCCAAACAGGCUGCCAGUCGGCCUCACUUGCCAUCCCUGCAAGAGAGGCACUUCAUGCCUUACAGUUCAUGCAUGAGAAAUUAUUUCAACUUUGUCGAUUUCAAUCCUGACACUUCCAUAAGAAGGGCGCGGACGCUCGGGCGAAGCAAAGCCAGAUGAACAAAGAGAUGGCGCUAUCCUCUGCAAAAACGUGCCCACCCCAGAGUCAAGUUGGGAAUCUAGCAACACAAAUCUCGAAGUUUUAGGAGCUGUGCAUGACAAGUUUUCCUCUUUCGUCUAGUGCUGGUUGGCAUUGGAAUCCGCAUGAGGAAGCCAUUGUCUCAUCUCGUUUACAGCAUUACAAAGUCCAAAACGCGAAGAUUGGAAAUGCCUCUCAUGGAACUGCGCAAUACAAAUGUUCCUAUCAUAUUAAUCAUUGUGCCUUUGCAUGGCAACUCUGUGGUGGGGACGUUUUUGCACAGGAUAGGCGCCCGCGGGCGGCAAGCAGGCCGCUAUGAAGGCGCAGAGCCAGGAGGGCUUAGCAAAGGGCAAGGCGAUGCAGGACGUGGCCAGAACGGAGGGCGGGGGCCGCAACAAAGCCAUGAACCAACAGAUGGACAAACAGAACGCAAUACGCAACGCAAAUAAAAAUUGGAAGCUCUGUAGGUCAGGAAGUGAAGCUCGUUUGUCAUGUAGUUAGGUGAACAAGCACACGCAGCACACCGAUAUGCUCCUGGAUUGCACACAGAAGCAUCACAGAUUUUGCAAAAGCUUCGUACCUGAUGCCUAUUCCGCAGUAUGAGAAGUAGGUCGAUCUUUGUAGCGAGAAGACGAACUACGCAAGAACUACUUAUUCUUGGCGUCCAGGUUGUGACUACAUCACAGAUUUUCAUCCUUCGAUCCAGAGGACGUAGCAUGAAUAAGCUGCAGGAGUUCUUCGCUUCGUUCUUCCAGACCCUCAGGCAACAACAUAUUUUCGAUGCAUACACAAAGGGCAAGCAGAAGGCGGGGCAGAAAGAGCAGGCGGCGCAAUAUCGAAAUGAAAAAUCCCCCUCCCCAUAUCAAAACGGAAAUUUGUGAUGCUGAUUUGUGGUCACAAAUCAUCUUUGUCUUGUAGAUAGGAUCAUGGGAGCCAUUUGACGCAUUCCAGAGCAAGUCUGUCAUGCGCUUUCGACUACUGCAAGCCUGUUUGUCAUGCGCAAUUGCUAGCUUUCUGCAUAUCCAAACAGGCUGAGAAAAUGCCGCCAAGCACUUUCUGCAAGACAGAUCUGAUUUGUGUACGCAAAUCCAGCAUCAGAAACUUCGUUUCGAUAUGAAGAGGGGGGAUUUUUCCUCUCAAUACGCAAGGGAAAUACGCCGAAAACAACGCCUACAACGAGAACCUGGGCUGGGACAAAGCCGGAGGCUUGGAUAUGGGCAGCGGGGUAUCCUAUGUAAAAACGUCCCCACCCCAGAGCUGUUAUGCGAAUGCACAAUGAGGACAGGAGUAUCUGUAAUGCGCAUCUCCAUGAGAGGCAUUUCCAAUCGUGUUUCGGCACUUGUAUUUGUAAUGCUGUAAACAGCAUGAGAAAUAAAUGUCUUUCUCAUGCGACUUCUCUUGCUAACCAGCACAACGCUGCAGAUGGAAACUUGUAAUGCACAACUCCAAAAACUUGGGGAUUUGUGUUGCAGACUUACCAACUUGACUAUGGGGUGGGGACGUUUUUGCUCAGCAUACGGGGCCUGGGCCGCCGGCGUAGACAGUACCAUGGCCCAGCGGGGCGUCGAUAAAGGUGCCUACGGAGAUCCGCAGAGGGCCGCGCUGUGGGGCAAGGCACAGCCUGCUUACUACGGGAAGUCGCAGUUUUCCGACGGAUACUGAUCGGAGUAAAAGACAGGUGGUGUCUCUGGUCCAUAAUGGCACCUUUUGACGAAGAUGAUGAACAGUACGCUUUUUACUGCACACAGAACAGGAAAGCUACCAUAUUUAUUCACACGAUGCGAAACAGAGUGGUAUAAAUCCAAAAAUAACUACCGCCCAGGAGUGCCUGCUCCUGCCCUCAGAGUAAGUACUUACUUACCCGGCCUUGAAGAUUUAUAUGUCGGCCGGCCUGUGCUUUUUGUUCAAUAAGGGCUGCAUGAUGCGCGAACAU